AUGUCAUAUCUUUUGAGACAAACCGUAUCUGGACGAUAUGCUCCUAAUCAAGAAGAACAUUACCCGAGUCGAUUAUCUUCUACUCGCAGAGAAGAUUCUUUUUCAGAGUUAUCUGUUCCAGAUUCGCCACCCCCACCUUACCCAGGUCUAGGAAUAUCAGAUUCGUUUACAAUAGCUCCAGAAG